GAGUGCAAGAGGUAAUGAGCUUAAAAUGCAUUUACAUUAGACAUUACAAAAUAUUUCUAGGGGGUAGAAUAAUGAAUUACUAGAACAGAAUGCCUGGGGAGGUGCUCCAAUCUCUGGUACCGGUGGUGUUCAAGAACGGAUUAGACAAACAUCUUAGGAAUGGUUUAAAUAUAGUUAAUUCCGCCUUGAAGCUGCAGGGUAAGCUAAACAACCUCUGAAGAGCCUCUUUAACUUUGGUGGUUUGUUUUUUUGGAAUGCUAGGGAAGUAAUAAAUGAACACUUGAAUGGUAAGAGAGCUCAAGGCUUACAGAAGAAAACAUCGCCCUCUGUCUGACGUGCACAAGCAAUCAGGUCGUGAAUUUGAAACUUACGAGAAAGCAGGAAUGCAUGGAAAGACAAUCAGAAGUGUAAUAACACUAGACUUUACAUCAGAGUAGGUUUUGCUAUCCUUUAAGCUUACACCUGUAAGAGUUAUAUAAGGUCUAAGGGUUGUAAGAUGCUUGUAGCAUUUUAAAAUUGAGACAUUGAUAUUUUAUAUACUCUUAUACAGUAGUAUUCUGAGGCAGGAACAAAUGUUGUCACGUGUGCCUUGGGCAUGGCAUAAACACUUCACAUGGGACUUGGCCUUAACACUCUGUGCCAUCGGAACAAAUUAAGUAAAGACAAUGGAGUUACUCCCAUGUCAUAGGUUUCAAAAGGAGUGUAAGCCUCUUACUAGUUUUUACCUGCAAAGGAGUCAGAAUACCACGGUAUUUUCCAGAGACCAACAACAACAAUAUUGUUUGUGAAUGCUAAAAUCUCCCUUCCCCUCCCUUCCUUCCUCCUCCUUUUUUUUUUUUUUUUUUUUUUUUUAACAAUAAUUCAAUAAUUAAAAAAAUAAUUUCAGCUUAAAGUUCCGGAAGAGGUCUUAGGAAGUAACCUCAGCUCUAUGCUAUUGGCAAUGUAUUUUAAAUUACUCCUGUUAUGUGUAUAGCUUCUGAAGGGAUUGUAGCUUAUGUACUAUGGAGAUCUGAGCGUGAAGUUCAGGUAAAUACAACUGCAUGUGCAUAAAUACAGUGGCAGCAGUAACUGCAGUACUGCUCCCAGCUUCUGUCUGAACCAAAAGACGCUGUGUACAGGAAGAGAUGUAUAUCAGCUCCAAGCCACAGAAUGUUUGCCAGCAUGAUAAAUAGCUAUGAGCUGGACUGAUUGAGGAGUGGGCAAAGUUUUACUUCUGCUUUUACAAGGAUGAUGAUUUCUUUCAGAACUUACAGGAAAGUAGAUGAGAUCCUGUCCAGUUAAUGGGAAUUUUUUGACUUACUGGGACCAGACUAGCCUAAUAUUCCUAACAAGGUUUGCAGACACAGGGACAGAUUAGCUAACUAGAGUGCGUGCAAGAAUGACAGAAUGCUAUAGAAACAUCGGUGGCCACAAUUGCAUAAAAUAUUAGAUAUAUAUAUUUAAAUUAAGUAGCAAAACCAGCAAGCAUUGAAUUAGUUCUAAGUAUACACUUCUCCAUCUACUGCUUCGAAACCCAAGUCAGUAAUGUCUUUCAUAUAUAGAGGAUAGCAAAAAUUCUGGCUUAUGCUGAAAGUCUAUCCAUGUUAUGGUGACGUGGCCAAGUAGCUUCAAGGGAACUCUCCAUGUUUUAAGUAUAUAAAUACCCAUUUGCACGUUCAAGGCUUUUAUGUAUAUAUACAUAUAUGUAUAAUGCAACAACAUGUCAGUUGAUUUCUGGUGACCCGAAUGGGUCUGUGUGAUUGACACCAGUUGAGAUGCUAACCCAAAGUCUCCUGAGUUGCAAAAAGAUCCAAACGCUAAGGAAGUAUAACAGUUUAAUUAAGAUUCUUUGUGAUUUAAAAGACUAAAUAAUGUACAGUGAAAAGAAAUACUUCAAAUAUGAACUUUGCUAUUCUGUGAUUUUUAACUGUGCUCUUAAAAACAGGUGUUUUCUAAAGAUAAAAAGGAACAGAGACCAUAUGAAAGAAUAUCUUCCAGCCCUUCUCCACUCCCUAACCCCUCCUUUACACACCCUCCUUACCAGUAUUUUAACAAACAUUAGAAAAUGAAGCACUUCAUAAUUUAGUACUUGUGUUUUCAUUUUCUGAUUUAUUAUUUGAAAAAACAGCUUUGGGUGAGAGAUGAGAGAUUUAGAGGUCGUCACGUGAAAGAAAAUGCCUCAUGCUGACUUGAGUAGCAAAAUUUUGAAGAGUUCAGCUUCUAUAUGUUCAUGUAAGCUGAAAAAUGCUAAAUACUCCUCAAAAUUUUGCUAUUUAGCUACUCAAUCUGCAGGUUGUUUUGGAGAUCUGGUCCCAGUUUUUUAAUUUAGAUGUAGUUUUAGGGCUACCUUCAUAAUUCCAGUGAGUAAGGUUAUUUAAAUUAAUAGAGUUGGGUGAGAUGUAGAAUAAAAAGUCAGAUAAUAUCUAAGUUUAGAAUGUAUUUUUAGAGACAGAUUAUCUUUUCUCAAGUCUUUUAUCAAUUCAGACACCCCUCUGUCAUACAGAAGCAGUGUAUAGCUGAAAUAAAGUACAUCUACCACUAGCCUCAUACGAUUUUUCUUAAAGCAUUUACAAAGCAGUACAGAAUAGUGUAAUUCUACCUAGAAUGUAAAGACAGUUUUAGAGAAUUUUCAUCUUGUUCAGUUAGUCCACAGUUCACAGUAGCAUGCCCGGUUAGCCAGAAAAGUAUCAUUAAAAAUUCCAUUACAGCAGUUGGUCUGUCAUUUGUCUUUAUAUAGAUCUAAAACAAUUAUAAUAGCAUUCAUUUUAGAACAGACGGAGGACUUCCAUGAAUAAAUUUUGUUAAAUAUGUGUCAUGAGAGUCGAGACAUCUCUUCUCAGGAAUGAUUCUUAAAUGUAAUACAAGGAAUCUGAAAUAAUAGAAUAGCUAAAAAUGGCGAUUUAUAUAAUAUAGAUAUGUUGUUGUUGUUGUUUUUUAAUAUUUCUUUCCACUGCUCUCCUUUUAUAUUUUCUUAUUUGCAGGCCCUACUCCUUUAGGUAUUUAUAAAAUGCUGAAAGUUUAUGGAUUUCAACAAUUUCAAUAUGAACAAAAGAGCGCUGUCGUGUUGAGAGCUCUUUAAGACAGAAAUAGACUUCUGAAGUAUUUCUGAUCUUCAAUAAUCUCUAGCUAAGUAUCUAAUCUUAUAUAGGUAAAUUUGAAAAACAUGUAGAUUGAACAAAGUUUUUCCAAGCCUAACCUUUUUUGUUUAUGGAUAUCAAAAGGCUUGGCCAACAGCACAAAUGCUGUGUACUUGUAUACCAGAUUCCUUCUAGGAUAACCUACAUAUCUAUAUAUGUAUUUACAUAUGAUGUAUAUGUAUCUAAGAUACAUAUCUAUAUUUAAAAGUCUGUAGCACUUGAAAGAAUACAAGACUGCGAGUGACAAUAACAAGAAGUUGAAAUUCUUACUGAAAAAUUCCAAAUGUAUUUUCUUUUUCAUAAUGUUGAGCCAUUCUGUAUAAAUGUAUAUAUGAUAGUAACCACGUUACAUGCUAUGCAUGCAUUUAGAUUUAAAGCUGUAUUUUAAUGUAGAAGUAAAAGAAAUUAAUGGAAAGUGCCUUGAAUAUAGAUGGUCUUCAUGGAAUCAUAAAAUUAUAAGAAUUAUGAAGAAUUAUAAUUUAAAUUCUUCCAUUUUAGGAAAAAAAAAAAUCUAUUUUCUUAUGCAAAAUCAUUCUGUUUAACAACAGGAAAAAAAAAAAAAAAAAAAAAAAAGAAAAAAAAAAAAGCACACUGCUUACUUUUGUAGAUUUCUUACCUCCUCCCAACAGACUAUUUAUACAUUUGAGUAAUCUGCGUGUGCAAGCAAGUUAGCUGCAGGGAAGCUCAAUUUUUAGAAUAUUUUUAAAGACAAAAAUACUUAGCUUUUCAUUCUUCCCUAAUAAAGAUUUUUUUUUUUUUUCAGGGUCACAGGCAGUGCUUAUAAGAACAAACCCUUUUAGUGGCAUUGCAGUGUGCUCAGGCAAGAGGAGGUACUCAGACAAAAAACAAACAAACAAACAUUUUUUUCCUUCUCUAGAAAUUGGAAAUGGAAAUAUACAAGAUACUGUGAAACUUCAGACAGGAGUUUCUCUUCAAGGGAAAUUAUCAAUUAUAUGCAGAUUUAUUGCUAUUUUGUACUUGUCAGAAUCAUUGCAGUUUACAAAGUAGAGUUUUCAGGACUGUGUGUAUGUCUUAUGAAGAUACUAGUUGGUUCUACUUUGCAAACAGUCAAAGCUUGUGAAUGUGUUUCUGUAGUGUUUAAGGUUGCAUGGACAAAGUUAGCGAGAAGAGUUGGAGUAAAGAUAAGUAUAUACUUUGAAAAAAAAUGUUCUCAAACUUGCAUUUAUUCAGCUGUAAUAUAAAUUAAAUUCAAAUUUGUAUUUACUGUAUACAGAAUAGAGUUGAUUGUAAUUAAGAGCGUUUUCCCCUGCCUAAGAAGUCAGUCACCUAAGAUGACACUUUGUCAUUUUGUUUUCAUUACCUUAACUGCAACAUUUAGAAUCUGUGUACGGAUUAUUUUUCCUGUGUGUGCAAGCCAUGAAGAAUUUUUUGAUAGAGAUCUAUUACAGUAGAAGUAUCUAGUGGUACCGACCAUCUUUAUCUAAGCAUUUUGUCCUGGUGCAUUUUUGUUUUCAUUUUUUUGUUUGUUUAUUUAUUCAUUUUUACUUGGGAAUCCAUAAGCCUGUUAUCAUUCCCCCAUUUCCUGUUACAAAAUAAUUAAAAUUUUCUUGAGUUCUGCCUAGGGCGUUAAGGAAUGUUUCUCUCAGACGCUGAUAGACUUUGAUCUGUUUACUUUGCAAAGAGAUAAAGUGAAUAGAAAGUGGCUUCUGCUGCAUGGAAAGAUAGUUUGCAAUGGGAUAUUUCUCUAUGUUUGUUUCAAAACUUAAGCAUUGAUUUUUAUUUUUCUUUUUUCCUAUUAUAAACCUUGUUUUUUGAGAAGACAGUCAUCUAAAGGGAUAGCAAAGCAGGCUUUGUGUGGUAAAGCUUAAUUCUGUUGAAAGGGAGAGUCUUGUUCCUUCUCCCUUCCUUUCCAGCUCCUAGAGGUGUCUGGUGAAUUGCUGUGUCAGUGUAUGAUAAGUGGUGAAGGUAUUCAGAAGGGAAAAGGGAUAAGGGUAAACAAGAAGGAGGAAGACCUUAUUUCAACUGUAGUGAAAUGAGUGACAGCUCACUCUAUCUUAUAUAGCCACCCUCUUAUCUUGUCUAGACAAUUCCCAUUCCUAAGUUAUAUUCUUUUUUCUUGCUGAAUUCUUUCCUUUUGAACACUUUUCAGGACAUAAUUUCAAGCAAAGCUACGCAGUACUUCUGGGUAGAAUUUACUAUGCCUAGAACUUUCAUGGAACUAAUAUCGUGCUUAUUAGUUAAUAUGUUGGAUACUCUUCUUUUUUAACAAGCUACUGACUCUCCCCUUGAAUCCAAAGGCAAUCUAUAUUCAGUGUUCUUAAGGCAUAGGAACAGGCCUAGUGUUCUUUUUAACUCAAGCCUAGUUAUUUGUCUUAAGUGAUAACAAAGAGAGAGGUAACAAACGAAGCUAUAGGCUUCGUGUCCAGGACAGAGGUAAAUCAUGAGAUGUUUUCUUGUUUGCAAGAUAAGGGAAAAUAUUAAAGAAGAUCAAGGUUUCAGAUCCGUGCUAAUUUCAGUCAACCUGAGUUAUGGUUACCACAGUUCACUGUUGGGUCUGCAGCAGCACUUGUGGAAUAUCUCAGUGAACUUCUCUGUAGAGAGGUGAAGCACCUGAAAACUAAUAGCUGUUUUGAGGCUGUUCUUAAGCUUGUUACCCCCCUGAAGUGCAACACCACAUACAUGACUACCUCAGUGCUAGGGUCAGUGGAGAAGCAGCCCAAAGUUGCACAGACUUUGGCCAUGGUGGGACUGCCUCCCAAGACAGCACCUUUGUGUUUCAUUUGACGUAGUAAAACUGCAAAUUGUUGCUAAGAGAGUUAAUUCCAUUUUCUCCUUUCCUCUCCAAAUAUGUCUUUUGCACCCAUUUCCUCCCUCGUUUGCCCUGUUUAAUGGCUUUUGGGGCUUUAGGGUAAGCCAAUUGAGUGAGUUUCUGUAACAGAGCAAUUCAGUGCUUCAGUGAGUUAGAUUUAAGCUGGCCUACCUUGUUGAACCAAUACAUUAGAUUUGAUUCAAGGUAAGUGGCAGGAGCACAUAGCUAGUUAGAAGACAGAAUGGAGCAGGAUUUAUCCAAUUUUGCUACAACAUUCAACACAAGCUGGUAAAAUACAGCAUUUGUAGCAAAGUGUUUGUGAGAGGCAACCAGACAACAGAAAGGAUCAGACAUAACUCCUGUGCAAAAGCUACUACUGGUAAACUCAGGGGAUUUUGAAGAGAGAAACGUGUGUGCUUCAUUUCUUUUGUUUUGUUUGUUUUCUGAUUAUUUUUUAUCUUUUUUUUUUUUGGGGGGGGGGGGAGGGGAUAGACUUUGGAGGUUUGUACUUUUUUGAUUUUGUUUUCUGUUUUGUUACUAUUUAGAUUACUCUGAGUCCUUCUUGCCUCUCACCUAGUAAUCCUACAAAGCCUUGAAUUCUGGCAAAUUACUCAGAUUAAAGAGAAAAUAAUAAUUAAAAAGACAAUAAAUAUUUAACUCACUGAAGGAUAAAACUGUAAGCCUAAGAGGAUGAAAAAAUAUAUUUUUGCAACAUUGAUUUAUGUUUACAGAUUUUAGAAGUAGACAAUAUUCUCUAAGUCUAUUUUAGAUCACUCUUACUUUGUAAAAAUUAUCAAACAGUCUCUAGCUUUUGCAAAUAAUAUAAAUCAAAUCUACAGUGAUACACGGAUUCUGUGUUUUAUCAGGUGAUAUCAGCUGAUUUCUUGUUAAGAACUUUUUUUCUGUCUUUCUAGUUUAGGCUUUUCUGCUAAAUAUGAAGAUUUUUUAAUGAGUGAUUUUUAUUUUCUACCAGGUAUAGGUAAGUAUGGAUCCAUUUGAAGACCUGACUAUAAAAAGUGUAGAUACGUUUAUAUAUAAAAUUGGUUCUCAAUUUUGAGUUAAGGAGUUUUAAAUUUAAUUCUUAGGCUGCAUAGCAAAUGCUGCAGAAAGCUUUCUUGUUCUAGAGUUGCCUUCUUUCAGUGAAAAGUUCUUCCCUGGAAAUGAAUUCUGUUCUCUGAUAUUUCUUAUAAUUUUCUGUGCUUUACUUUUAACAAGUAUUUUUUUUUCCAUCUGUAAUGCCAGCACUAAAUAUUUUCUUUUUUACAAGAUACCUUAUUUUAUAUUACAGCUGUUAUUGAUUUUAUUUUACCCAGUAAUAUUUUACCUAUUCAUCCAGAAAAGUUUUCAAGUUUUCCAGCAAGAUUAUAGCAAUAACAUCUACUAUAUUUUUGCUCUUAAAAUAUAAAAUAGAGUUUAAACCAGAAUUUUGAGACUUAAACUUUGUAGCAGAGGUAUGAGGUUUCAGUCUUAAACUUUUUAGUACUUUACAUGAAACCUUAUACCCCUGAAAAGCAGUUAAGACCUCAUUAAAUGUUUCCGUUAAAGUGAGACUUGAUUUUUUUUAAGAAACAAAUACAUUCUAACUUUGUUUCUAGAAUUAAUCUUUGUUCUGGAAUCCAAUCUUAAAUCAAAUAACGGAAAAGAGUUUGAUUCAUCUACUUCAUAUGUAGGAUCAGCUAUACCCUUGCUUUUAUAUGUCAGAUUAAUAAGAGGUCUGAAUAUGACUAAGCUUACUAAUUGGACUAACAGGUAUUAGACCUAUAUGCAUGGAAAUGAUUAAAAUCUAAAGUUUUUGAAGUGCAUGACAGGUACAUUUACUCAUGCUAGAGUUUGUUUUUCAGUCUGCAAAAAUUGAAACAAAUAAAUCAGAAAUUCUUAUUUAAAAAUGUCAUAGCUUCCAUUGUAAAUACAUGUCUGGUAAAACGGAAAUGUUAUAAUUAAAGUUAACAAUUACCAAUUUUAACAGAAUUAGUAAAUAUUUUCAAUAUGAAACAUAAGGUUAAUCUUCCAAUUCAGUCAUUAACUUUUUUUUAUCCAGUUGUAUGACUGUAAGUUGCCCAUCGUUAUAAGGACUGAUUAAAUGCAGUCCAAGGGUAGUCCAGAUUUGAUGGAUGUGAUAAAUUCUGCUAGAGCAGUGAUAUCCUCCUAUAGAUGUUUUUUAAUUGGGCAUGUCUUUUCUGUGUGAAUCCUGCUAACUUUAGACUUUUGACACUCUACUCUUAUUAAAAGGUAUUGCAAAAGAAAGAUUUCUUUUGAUGUUCACAAAUGUAAUUUAAGCAAUUAGGCCAAAUAAUUAUACAGUUUAAUUUUUAGCUAUGCAUGAUGGCUAAAAACCCAUCUUUCUGUUUCUACAGAACAAGUUAGGAAACAGUGUUAUAUAUUUAAUGUUCGUAUGUUAUGUUUCAGAUCUUUAGUAAUUCAAUAGUUUCCCCUUCUCAACCAAUCUAAGCCCUUUAGUAGCAAGUUAAAAUAGUUAUUUUUAUUUAUACGUAUUAAAUGUAUUUAUUCUCUGAGUGAUAAAUUAAGCCUGUUGUUUAAUAUUUAGGUUGUUUGCAUUUACUAAAAUAUUAUACUUGAAUUUAUCAAAGUCUUUAAUGAAAUACUAUAUUCUAGCAAGUUUGGAUUUUUUUCUUUUAUUUUAAACCUGCCUUUUUAUCACUUUAGCUCUUUUCCAGGAGUCAUAAAUGCUUCUUUGCGUAUCUUCUUUUAGGUUCUUUAAAGACUUGAGCAUAUACCUGAUUUUAUGACUUAAGGCAAGUUACAGACACCAAUAAGCUGUGGUAUGAUCAUAGUCUUAAACACUCUUAAUGCAAAAGAGAGGGAUAAAUGCAAAAGUAUUCAUUCUUAUUCUAAUAGACAUGUUACACUGGUAGAACAGAAAAGGUUUGAAGAUGAGAAUUUUUCUAUGGCAUACUCCCAACCUAUCCUAUGAGUCUUUGGUGCAGAAUGGUAUGGCCUUGUUCUUAUCAUGAGUUUUAUGUGAGAUCCUUUAAAGUCUUUUCCUGUGUUUCACAGUGUCUCUGCUAGAUCCAUUAGCCUAGGACUUGACUGGACUGAAUUCCUUGCUGUAUAGCAUAAUUUCAUUGUGAUCUAAAGACACUGGUUUUUGGACAGUGAUUCAUUCAUCUGUCUCAGUGGAGGGGCAGGUUGUCUACAAAGGUGUGGCAGGUGGGAGCAGCUGCUUACUUUGGCUUCAUUGAUUUUUCCACUGUUGCGUGUGUGGUAAUGCUUUAGAUGAAUCAUUCAGUCUCAUAUUUAGACCUUCUAAAUUUAUCUAGGUCUUUAUUUCUUAUUGUUUGGUUUUUGUUUUGUGUUCAACUUCUCUGUAAUUUUCUCUCCCGUUUGUAACAUAAAGAUAUUUCUGAUGUGACUGUUGGAAGAUGAAAUCAUUAGCACCUGCUAAUGUGAGGCAUUCAGAUGUUGUGAUGGCAGCUGUGUAUCACAGAUUUCCUAGAUGGAGAAUCUAGGGAAGCUACAGAGAUUCCCUGGAAGGAUAUGGGGCUUUUGGGAUCCUUUACUUGUUGUGAAAAGUCCCAGUAUGGACUCAUUUCUGUGAUAUUUAAAUUAAGAAGGAAAAAAGAAAAAAAAAAAAAGGUUAAACCAUACCGCUGUUUGACUCUAAAACAUAUCCAUGUUUGUAAAUCUUAAGCCUAGACUAAUAUGUAGUUUAUCAAAUUAAUUAAGAAAAAUGAAUAGACAAAUGCAUUGAAACUCUAAUGGCCACAUUUGUCUUUAAACUAAUGGUGUUAACUUUCUCCUGUUCCUGAAAAUGUUGCAUGUUCUUGUUGCUGGCUUUCAAGGUCUCAUGUCUUUGGCCACUGGAAGUCUGUGCAUUGCUGUUCUUCUGGAAUACUCACGGAAAGGUAACUGGCUUUUAAUUUAUUCCCUUUUUCAGGAGAAUGGUACUUCUACCUGUUUAGAUUUUUCUCGUUUCCCUACUCUGUUUAUUCCCUGCAUCUGUUUGGUAGAGGCAUAUUAAUCACAGAGGCAUUAAUUGUUCUAAUUUAAAUCUAGGUCACUGAAUAUUAUGAUCCCCUCUAUACAAAUUGUCAUUUGACACUUCAAAUAUUCAUCUAAGUAAUUUUAGAUGCUUCUUGCUGACAGUCUCUCAUAAUUAUUUCCUCUGAACAGCCUCCUUGCAGUUUCAGUUGUAAUGUAUUGCACCUUGGCUUGUAGAGAUCUUUCUUAAGUUUAACCAUAAGAUAGUGUCUGUAACUACUUUUUUGAAGACAUUUAUGAUACUACUCAGUCUAGCAAAAGACAUCAAGGUAGUACAGGUGGUUUACUGAUCAGAUUAAUCUUCCCUCUGAAAGAGCAAGGUUUGAUUAUAAAUUUUGAAGUAUAAGAGGAAAUAUAAAGUGGCUAAGGGUUAGCUUGUUCUCAAAGCUGGGGAGACAGCUUUUUAUAAAAUAUAAAACUUACUAGCAUUUGAUACAUACAUAUGAAAUCUUCCUGAUUAUCUCUUUAUUUUUAUAAUAAUUUCUUAUAAAAUGUUUGCAUUUAUAUUUAGGUGAUUACUUCCAAAUGAUUCUUCCAGAAACACUCAGAUGCCUACCUGUAAAAUGUUAGCUGUACAUUUUUGUUAACAAAAUGUUGAAACUUUGAACAUCUUAAGGUAAAAAAAAAAUCCUUAAAAAAUGUUUAUUAAGCUGAUGACUCUGUGCCAACAUAAUUGUGUUCAGCCCCAUUAGAAUAAUAGGUUUACAUCAGAUAUGUGGGUAAUUUUAAAGUGACAUCAGUCAACUGAUUUUUGUAACUAUCGAUUUUAAAACGUUAACAUUCUUAAUGCAGUACACUUUAAGUAAGUUGAAGCUUCUUUAAAAAUAUUUGAAGACAUAUACUUGAAAAUUUUUAAGUCUUCUGAUGUUAUACAGAGACUACUAGUUCCUCACUCAACCAGUAAGAUAAACGAUACACAAGGAAGGGGGACUAUAUAAUUAAUGGUAAAAAUACAUACAGAUGUUUUUCUCUGUGUUUUCAUAUUUUCUGUUUUCUAAAGUCGUUAAAAGAACAAGGUCAUGUAUUGUAUUUUAAUGAUAUACCUCAUUUUUAGCACUAUGCUUUACUCUCACAGGCUUUUUUGAGUUACUGGGCUUAACUGAUGUUUUCCACUGAUCUAAAGUUGAAUGAGCAUAAUUAUUAGUGCACUACUUGUUUUCAUUAUUCUGUUGUAUUAGCUGCACAUUUUGCUUACUGCUAUCCCUUCGAAGAUUUUAUAAAUUGGAGGAAAAUUUUGCCUCCAUCAGUAUUCCAUCUGAGGUGAUAAUUUACAACAGAACUAUAUGCUGCACAAUUAUUUCAGUGAUUUUUGUGCUGAUGAACCUGUGAACAAAUCUGGAAUUUGAAAACAUGUUAGUCAGAAGCCCAGUAUAGCGUUUUUGCUUCAGUCAGAAAACAUUAAUUGCUGCUAGCUUUUAAAUUGAGAAAGAAAAAUUGAAGAUUCUAAAAUAAAGCAUGCCUGUUCUCAGUAAUUCAUUAGAUUAAAUGCAGAUAUCGAUUAAAGUAAGAUGUUUGCAGAAUAUUAUGGCUAAUGAUCUUUAUUCUUUCACCAAAAUGUUGUAGGUUCUAUUACAAAAUCAACGAUACCCUCAUAGAAUUUUACAGGUAGGUUACAAACUUUUUGAUCACUGAAACAUAACUUACUGUUUUUAAUAUCUUUUUUGGAAACUGCACCACCAUUUCAAAGCUUACUCUCUUAGAAACAUACACCUAAUUUCCUUUGGGGAUGUCUGUAAUAGAAAUUAUAGAUUUGAUGUGGUUUUGUUUGUUUGUUUGUUUGAGAAAAGCGGUUAACAUUUUUUUCUAUGAAGGCUGACCCUCCACUGAAGACAUGAAUGAAGUAUACAGAGGCCAUGUAACAGAUACAUCAUAAAAAAUACCAGUAUGAAUUUUCCUACAGUCUUUCAAAGUCCUGGUUUUCUAAAGAUUAUAGGACACCUUUUAUCUUUCUCAUAAGAGAGCUGAUAUUUUCCUCCUGUAUUUGGGCUACGUGUACUAGAAAUUAUUAUAAGUUCAUGUUCAUAAGUAUGCUAUUAUUUCUCAGAUUUUAGGUAGAUACAAACUAACAAUAGAUGCAAAAAAUAUAUUUACAGGUAGCAUUCUUAAACAACAAUAUUUCUAAACAGUCAGAGUUAUAAUGUUUGAGUUAGUUGCUGUCUGAGAGAAGUGAAAUUAAAUCUUUGAAAUAUAAGGCAGAAGAGAGGAAGAAAUGGCAAUAAAGAAGCUGAAACUGAUAGGAAGAAGAUCUUGUGAACAUCCAGAAAUCAGAUACAAGAAAUGGUAUGUAAAGAUAAAUCUUGAAGGCCUUCUCAUCCAGACGUGAUCAUAUAUGGUGUUCCAUAAAUAAAUAUAUAAAACUGUCACCAUGUGAUUAGUUUGACUUUGUAAGUGAUGCCAUUCUUGAGUUCUUGCUGGAGUAUAUAGGCAGAAUUACUUAAGCGAGUCAGGGCUUUUCUGUAUCAAUAUUUUAAGAAUAAGGACUUAUUUGGAUACCUAAAUUAUUCAAGAUUUAUAUGGAAAGCUGUGUGUGUUUAAAAUGCUUGAUUAUGAAAAUAAUGAAAUAGGUUUGUAGAAAUCUGUAGAUUAUAAACACAUGACUGGAAAAUGCAUUGCAUAUCGCAAAAAUUUACAUGCCAUUUUUCCAACUAAAAAUGUGUUUUUAAUCUAUUUUUUGCUAAUCUGCACUGGUUAAUCAAUGUUUUUCAAACUACCUCUUGCAGGUGUAGGGUUAAACAGAACAGUUAUUUACUGUAAAUUGUGUCCCAUCUGACUGUUGUCAGUGCUUUCUGCUUCGGUUGUGGAAGUUCUGGGACCCCAUGAAACCUGAGCAUUGGUUUUACAAAUAAAAGCAAGUUAAGAGUGAAACACAAAAGUUGUGCUUUUUUUUUUUUAAAGUUUUAUCAUUUCACACUGUUUGCCCUCCUGUUUCCUUAGUUCAUUUAUUCAUUCAUUUAUUUAUUUACCUUAAUAAAUUGUGUUUAUUAAAUAAUUAAAUAGUAAUUAAUAAGUAAAUUAAAUAAUAAAUCGUGUUUUAUGUUUUGGAACAUUAAUGUUCCCUCUUAAUUCGAAGUGCUUCUGUCACUACAGCUGUGUUAUCAGGCCUGCGAAAUAAGGGUAUAAAUUCCUCAGCAUUUAAAUCUUUGAGAGCUACAGUGCCGUGACAAAGUCCAGUGUCGCUGGAGCGUAUUAGCAAGGCUGCUAGCUUGUGGCGAAAGCAGCGCGCCCCGAAAUGUCAGGCAGCGGGGCUGGUGCCGAGAGGUAAUUAGGAGCAAUUAGCCGGUCUCCCUGCUGGGCGGACCUCUAUUACCUUCCUCGCCCUCCCUGCUUCUGUCGCUGCGGGGCAGCGAGUUGUGGCAGCGGUGUUGCUCUGAGUGUGCGUCCGUGCGUGUGUGUGUGUGUGUGUGCGUGUGUCCGUCCGUGCGGGCGGCGGAGGCGCCCUGGCCCCCUCCCCGCCCCGCCGCAUUGUGGAGGGAGGGACCGCGGCCCGCAGCCGCCUCCGCCGCCGUGCGGGGCCGGGAGCUGUCCGCGGUGCUGAGCGGUGCGGGGCCGGGAGCUGUCCGUGGUGCUGAACCGUGCGGGGCCGGGAGCUGUCCGCGGUGCUGAAACGGCGCGGCCGCUGUCCGUGGUGCUGAGCGGCGCGGCCGCCGUCCGAGGUGCUGACGGUGCGGGGUGGCAGCACCAUGGUGUUUGCUCCAGGUGAGAAACCGGGUCCAGAGCAAGACGAAGUUAAGCUGCAGAAUGCCAGCAAGCAAAUUGUGCAGACCGCUAUCCUCCAAGCAGUACAGCAAGUUUCCCAGGAAAGCCAACAAAAGGAGAAGCGAACAAACAGCAGUAUGAGCCUCCAGCUAGAAAGAGGGAAAUUAACCAAGAAGCAUGAAAAGAAGUAAAGGAGCAGCUUGUUUAUUUUGAUCCUUCAAUGUUUUCAGCCUUCUCUUUAGUAUCAGCUGUAUUACUAGUGCAAUGUUACUGUUGUAAAACAAACCAAAGUAUAAUCAACACCUAAACAUAGAGUAAAACUGCAAUAGUCCUCGGCUGAGAAAUAUUAAGUGCAUUAGAUGACUAACUCCAUAUUUAUGCAGUGCCUCUUAACAGAAACAAUAAUCUUAGCUAUAAAAGUAGUUUCAAGCACAAGCUCUUAUGGUAUGGACUUAUUUUUGAAAGCUUGUUGUCAGCGCACUUUCAUAUAAGUUCUGCACGCAGUGUUGCUGCCAGGUCAGCUGGCCAGACUCUUCUCGGAGUUACUGGGUUCACUGAAGCUGUCGCCACUGAAGAAGUAGUUUAUUGUUGAGUGUAGUAGAAUGCUUUCAGGCUGCCUUGAAACAUGACUGUUAUUUGUUUUGAUUAACCAUGGACUAUGAGAAAUGGCAGUAUAAAGUUGAUUUGGUAAGUUCCAUGAACCAACUUUUUUUUUUUUUUUUUCAUACUGGAAAAAAUAAGAAAUCCAGUGCAACUUUGCAGUGACUAUGAUCUAUGACUGUGAUCAUAGAUCUGCGAUUUAUGUCUUUUUUUUUUUUUUU